AUGUCAGGCAUACAGACAAGAAGCAGGAGUCGGGAUGGGGGGACCGAUGACCCCAUCCUUAACACUCCCACGCGUAGCCCUUCCAGAGGCAGGGGCCGCCGCGGUUCUGCUGGUGUUUCUCGCGGUUCUAGUACUGGCAGAAGUGGCCGCGGUUCUAGUUCAGGAAGGGGCCGCGGUAGAGCCAAUAUACCCAGCCAGGAAUCACCGCAAGCAUCGCAGGGCCCUGAUGGGGCGGAAAGCAACGAAUCUGCGCAACAAGCUGUUAACGAAUCUAGUAAUCCCCAGUUUCCACUUAGACAUGAUUCUACGCAACGAGACACCACUCAAUUACCUCCCAUAGCAGAAGAGCCACAGACAGAAAAUCCUUCGGAUGGGCAGACUGCCGUACCUGUGACGACUGAGUCCACUAUCUCCACUCCCAGGCGAGAAAUUAGAGUGCCAGGGGGCUUUUCAGAAUGGGCGCUGUCUCCAGUAGCAGAGAUUACGCUUAAUCCACAGAGCUCCGCGUCCCAGGCUGAAAGUCCAGCCUCCUCACAUCCUGGACAGUCUUCUACCAGCCGAAAUGACCAAAGCCCGAUGACAGAAAAUCCUUUGGAUAGGCAGGCUGCUGUGACGACUGAAUCCACUACCUCCACUUCUAGACAAGAAACUAGAGUGCGCUUUUCAGAAGAGACGACGGGGAGGACCUCCCCACGACAGGUUGAAAGUGAAACCUUCACACAGUCUACAGAUUCUACCACAUCGUUCCAUAGUGAUGUCGUGGACCCUGAGAUCCGUGCCAACGUGAACAGCAUGUCGCGAGAAGCGCGCUGGCAGCUUCGGGAUAGACUGCUGAGUGAGCUAUUCCAUAUUAGCCUAAUAUUUCAACAAGUAUAUGUGCCAGAACUGCAGACAUUACAGGCCAUUCAAGACAUCGAAAACUUUAACCUGCGUGGGUGGUUGAACGACUUUGAAGAGUACCAUCACGGCCAAGACCCAGGGACCUUAAACAGGUUGCUCUCAAGGGGAAUGUGGUCGGAGAAUAGUCACAGUUUAGAUAUCCAGGGCUCCGAUAUAGUUGCUUUGAGAGAAUCUCAGACCUUGGAUGAGCUAUAUCGCCCUCUAGCUGCAAUGAUCCUACUUUUUCCAUCACUUGAUGAAGAGCAAUGCCGCCAAACCAUCAAUGACUUCAACACACGCAGACCUCAGGAUGGAUCAAACGCGUUUUGUCCGAAUGCUUGGCUUCCUAUAAACCGCCUUUGGGCUCGAGCGCGCGCCAAUCCUUUGAAAGACGCACUUGCAGAGGACGCGUGGGGCUAUAUCUCUACUUACCAUAACUAUCACAUGAUGACAUCUGCAUUCCAUUCGUCAAUUCUCGGUCGGGCUGCAGGGCUGACUCUACCACUGCCAUUAGUGACUAAUCCCUCCGAUGACGAUGGCGGCAAUCGGCCUUCACAAGACAUUACAAACGAAGUGGGAUCAAGAAGCCCUUCUCCUGGUAGCGAGGAUACGCACUCGGUCCAGGAGCCUCCAACCCGGCCGCAGUCUCGUAGAGGGCUGCAGCCGCCUCGAGAUGCAGGAGGAACUUCAUCUCCAUCGCAGCAGGGCAAUCCUACACCGCAGAAUUCCAGUCGACGGAGCCGUCCUCAAUGGCCGAGAGAACGCUCAAGAGAACGGCCAACAGAACGGCCGAGAGAACGACUGAACACCAAUUCAGGACAAGAACGCCGGCACCAAACAGCAGCACCAAGGCGUGCUGAUAGCUGGGGUCCUGGAUAUGAACCGACUAGGGGAGAGCUUGUUUCUGGAUGGGUAAAAUGGUGUGAGGAGUGGUGGGAAAUCGACCAAUAUCGGCCAAUAGGUAGUGGGUAUCAAAUUAAUGUCAAACGUCCAGCCGCCAAUGGAUAUAUGGAAUACCGAAUGAUCCCAGCACACCUCGUUGGAGGAAAAGCUGGAGGGAGAGCCAUAAUCGAAGAAUUCACAGAGGAAGCGCUUGAUCAAGGCCGUAGGGAGGCCGAUCUUCUAUUCAGUGAAGGAUCUAUCGACAAACUCAUAGAAGCAUCCAGGCAGCAUACUCGGAUUGUUGGGGUCUCAAUUCAUUGUCGGGACGUCAAGGGAGGAUAUCCAUAUCUGAACCGCAACUACAUGUGGGUGAUAUUACAGUUUCCAGAUGAUGAGGGUUGGUAUACCACUAGUCAUGUACGGGAAUACUUGAGUGAGCAGUUUCUACAAGCGGAGUUGGAGGAUUAUCACAAGGAAGCGGACCUCAUUCCGUUCGCGUUUAUUCCAGACCCAACACGUUGUCGAUAUACAUCGAGAGACCCAACCCCUGGCCAUGCUUAUUCUCGACCACAGAUUGACCCGGUUUAUGGCCCUGCUAUGGUCCACGAACGGCAUACUAGAGAUACAACGGGUCGUCGCGCCCAGGCCCCGGGAAGGAGGCGGUCGGUGAUAGAGAGUGACAUCGAGGACGAUGACAUUGACGCUACGCCUUUUCCGCGGCGCACUAGAGAUACUACAGGUCGCCGUCGCCGCGCUCAACAGAUUGAUCCAGUACAUGGCGCCCCUCCACGACGUACUAGACUCAGUCGCCGUCGCCACAACCGUGCCCCAACCAGGAGAGAGUCGGUAAUUGAGAGCGGCGCCGAGGACAAUGACAUUGAAGCUUCGGUCCACUUCACCCCUCCACGGCGCACUGGAGAUACAGGUCGCCGUCGCCGUGCCCAGGCCCCAACCAGGGGAGAGUCGGUGAUUGAGAGCGACAUUGAGGACGAUGGCAUUGAAGCUUCAGUUCACUUUGCCCCUCCACGGCGCACUGGAGACACGGGUCGCCGUCGCCGUGCCCAGGCCCCGACCAGAGAGGAAUCAGCGGCUGACGGUGAAAUCCGUGAAAUAAUGGACUUCCUUCAGGAUGGAUUGCGCUACCGGCGCACUUAUCAAACUCCUCCACCUGAGACAGGCCAAGAGUCACCUACUGCUGGGAUAUCGGGUCAGGCGGAUGAUGACCUUUUACGCAAUUUGGCAGAACAAAUGAGAAGGCUGCACCGAUAA